UCUUUACCGGCGGUAUGUACAACACCCACCUAUGGUCCGAGUAGUGAACUCUUAAGCCACGAAACGUCCCUCCUUUAUCGUUUCAACUAUUAACGGCAAAGGCUGCAGUAGCAGCAUCAGUUGGAGGCAGACUGCGCGAGUGCUACGGAUCCGUGCCGUCGGCGUUAUAGCUUACCCUGCUUCAAAUCAUUCCAGACCGGCCUCCGCCACGCUCUCGCUCCUCCUUUUUUUCUCCUCUGCCACGAACCUGUACACACUCCCCUCUUCCCACUAAUUUUCCGUGAUACUUGGCGGUUAUCACUCUUCAAAAAGCUCUUGCCAAGCAAAGUCCCGCCUUCUCAUCUUUUUUUUCUUUUUCGACUUCGAAAAUGCAUCGCGCCACUCUGCUGGCGCUCGCCCUCGUCGCUCCUUUUACCUCACUCGCUCAUGACAUCUACCAUCGGCAGCACCACCGCAGCACACCCUCUAAGCGAGCUAUAAUCGAUUCUUCUUCUCUUUCUGGCUCGUACGACUACAUCAUUGCGGGGGGCGGCUCUGCAGGUCUCGUCGUCGCUUCAAUUCUUUCUGAAGAUUCCAAUGCUACUGUUCUCGUUCUCGAGGCUGGUGCGAGUGGUGACGCAGUAGCUACCCGCCGCGAUACACCGGGUGACACCUACUACGACGGUCUUGGCAGUACCUCUUACGACUGGUCCUUCAAGACGACCUCGCAAUCCAACCUCGCUAAUCGUACGCUCACAUGGUCCCGCGGCAAGAUUUUGGGUGGUUCUGGUGCCAUCAACGGCAUGUACUUUACGCGCCCACCGCAGAUUGAGAUCGAUGCUUGGGCAUCGUUGAUCGGUGACGAGGACUACUGGAAUUGGGAUAACUUUUACAAUGUCAUGAAAACAAUCGAGACAUUUACCGCGCCUACGUCCGAGGCUGAGAGUAUUGGCGACAUCACAUAUGAUGCCAGCGUCCACGGUACCAGCGGACCAUUCCACUCCUCAUAUCCAGCUGUUCAACUCGGAUUCAACGGAAACUGGACGACAUCUUGCCUCGCAGCUGGCAUCGAAUCCCGUCAAGACCCUCACGGUGGAGAAAACUGGGGCGCAUUCGUAUCCACAUCUGCUAUUAACCCGACAAACUGGACCCGAUCUUACUCGCGGUCUGCAUACAUCGAUCCUUUGCCGCCAAGGUCCAACUUGCACAUUCUCCCUAACGCGACCGUUGUUCGCAUCAACUGGGAUACAUCCGGCAGCGACAUCAAGGCGACGAGUGUCGUCUGGCAGGAAGACGAAAGUGAUAGCGAGCAUACGAUUACCGUCGACAAGGAAGUUAUUCUCUCCGGUGGUACCGUGGGUUCCCCCCACAUCAUGCUCCUCUCCGGUGUCGGCCCCUCCUCUGUUCUCUCGGCAGCCGGUAUCGACGUCGUCCUCGAUCUCCCCGGAGUCGGCCAAAACCUCCAAGACCACGUCGGAAACGGCAUCAACUGGGCCACGGAACAAGACACCAUGUUGAACAUCGAAGACUCCGACUCCGCUUAUUCCCAGACUGCAGAAUGGCUCUCCUUUAUCUCGGACGCCAUCGCCUACGUCAACCUCACCACCCUCAUGGGCGACAACAUGACCACCUGGAUCUCGACCGUCCGGAAUGAGUACACCGCCUCGGAAGCCUACAUCCCCUCGACGGACUCGACGAUCCUCGCAGGCUACAAAAGCACCUUCGACGUCAUCACCGAAACCUACUACCCUUCCUCCGUCCCCCAAGUCGAGAUCCUCCUCUCUCUCAACGCCGCCAGCACUGUCACCAUCCAAGCUGCCCUCCAACACCCCCUCAGUCGCGGACAGAUCACUCUCAACUCCACUAGCGCGUUCGAUCAGCCGCUCAUCGAUCCCGGAUACUUCUCCCACUGGGCUGAUAGGGAUAUUCUCCGCGCAGCAUUCAAACUGGUCCGAAACAUCGCUGCUGCGAACCCCAUCGCGCAGUACCUCGGUACCGAAUCGUCUCCCGGAACGAGCGUCAGCUCCGAUGAUGAUCUCAACACCUGGAUGAACGACAAUGUGCACACGGAUUACCACCCAUUGGGUAGUAUGAGCAUGUUGCCCGAGGCUCAAGGUGGUGUCGUCGACAAAUACUGCUUGGUAUACGGAACUUCCAACGUCCGCGUUGUCGACGCCUCGAUCUUCCCCAUGUCAAUGUCUUCCCACACAGGAUCUCCCGCAUUCGCCAUCGGCUACCAAGGCGCCACCAUCAUUCGAGGCAUCAACAACGGAGUUAUCUCUACGAGCAACUCCUCCUCCACUUCCUCCGCCUCUUCCAGCACGUCGACGUCUUCAACGACCACUACGAAGACCAAAGGCGGCGCCGUGUCGGUGCGGAUACCCGUGUGGAGUAUUGUCGCUGCUUUGUUCUUCAGCAUGAUGGUGUGGUAAGUAACGAUGGAUGGAUUCUCAUGACAGUGAUACGUUUACUUGCUACGAACUCGGACUUUUUCACUACGGACAGUCCAUACUAUAAUCAACUUGGCGCAUGCCACGGACGCUCGUUCAUAUCACUUUCGUUAUACCUUUACCUUCAUCUUUCGUAUCUAGGAAGACGGGUUUUCCUCCUACAUUUGACGGACACUUGCUCGCGUAGUCAAAUGGAUGUUACUUAUAUUCAUGUCUGCUCCGGUAGAAAACAUGUCCAUUCGACUUUAGUUAAAUUUAAUGCAGAUUGCUUCGACACCGAG